UCCUUCUCUUUACACUCAAGCUACUGAGCAGAUCAUUUCCGAGUUCCUUACAUCUUUUUGUUUUUGGCAAGAACGACUGUUGAAAGGGUUGUGAACCUGAGAGGAUGGGAGAAACUAUGGCUUUGAAAACCGUGAAAAGCCUUUCAAUGAUUUAUUCGUUCUGUCCUGAACAUGCCACCAACUGCAAUGACACGUCCUGUCUGUUGCCUAUUGAUGAUUUUAACCAGUCGAUGAGCCUUAUUUUAAGUACUGUGCUGACAAUCCUGUUGGCGUUGGUGAUGUUUUCCAUGGGUUGUAAUGUUGAAGCCAAAAAGCUCUGGGGCCAUAUUAAGAGGCCGUGGGGAAUAUGCGUGGGCUUUCUUUGUCAGUUCGGCAUUAUGCCCCUGAUUGCCUUUCUGUUGUCAACGGCCUUUCAAAUACACCCUGUCCAAGCGGUGGCCGUAUUAAUAAUGGGAUGUUGUCCAGGUGGAACGGGCUCCAACAUUAUGACUUACUGGUUGGAUGGAGACAUGGAUCUUAGCAUAAGUAUGACGACAUGCUCGACAGUGCUGGGGAUGGGAAUGAUGCCUCUUUGCCUUUUCAUCUACACUAAAACCUGGGUGGACACAGAUUUCGUCCAGAUUCCCUACGACAGCAUAGGUAUUACCUUGGCAAGCCUUCUAAUUCCUGUUGCAGUUGGGGUUUAUACGAACUACAAAUGGCCACAAAAGGCCAAGCUCAUAUUGAAGAUUGGAUCUAUCACUGGAGCGUUCCUUAUAGUUGCUACAGCUGUAACUGGAGCUCUGCUGUACAAAGGUUCCUGGGCUACAUCACCUUACCUGUGGAUCAUUGGGACAAUCUAUCCAGCUAUUGGAUAUGCACUCGGAUUUAUUUUGGCACGUAUUGCUGGCCAGCCUUGGUUCAGAUGUCGUACUGUAGCUGUAGAGACUGGUGCACAGAAUACUCAACUCUGCACAACCAUUGUCCAGCUUUCCUUUUCACCUGAACAGCUUGUGCUCAUGUUCACGUUUCCACUGAUCUACAGUGUUUUUCAAAUAGCAUUUGCUGCUAUAAUGAUUGGAUUUUACCAACUCUACAAACGACAUUUCAAGAGCACCACAGAUGAUUCUUCAGAAUGUGCAAAUGAUGAAGAAAAAGCUAACCCUGCUAAUGCUUUUACAAAUGGAGGAUUUCACGCAGAUGAGAAAUUACCAGGUGAUGUUUUAACAAAUGAUACCCCCCAUUUGAAAGAAAAAUGCCAAAAUGGCAUUUUGAAGGGAGGGCUCUCAACAGAAGAGAAGCCACCAGGUAGUGUCUUAGACAUAAGUACCAACUUGUGAAGAUUUAGAUCAUCCUGAUCAUAUUUUUGUUGUUGAGGCCAUUUGGGAUUCACUGUUAUGAAUGUUAAUGGCAGUGUUUUAUUUUCGAAAGAACUUAAAACAAACCUGAACACACUAAUCAUGGGUUAUUAAUACCAUGCCCUCUUUUAUGUAACUUCCCUUUCUAAUGUUACAUCCUAGAGGGAAAAAUACAGCUGGAAUUUCCUACCCCCCAAUUUUCAAUGCAGGUGUUUUACACAAUUUGCUUUUCUUUAUUUUGGCUGUAGACCAUGACUAGCCAGCCCAUCAAAACUGUAGUCAAACAAUUAAAUGCAGCAAAGAACUCCAAUUCCCAUAUUAUUUCCAUUCCUGAUCAGUCAUGUCUGCUCACUUACAUUACUCUACAUGCAUUGGUAUAAUAGCGUAGAAAACAGAAAAAAGUCGUUCAAGUAUAAUGAGUAAGCGUGAACGAGAAAGGAAAGCAGAUAAAAGGAAAAAGACAAAUGAACAAGAAAAGUGGCUGCUACCUUUACAGUUAUUAGCAUCCUGAGAUGAUAGCUAUGCAUGUUUUACGAGACUAAAAGUGAUUCUGCAGGACACAGCUAAAAAAUGUUUGUGAAUUGUUCGUUAUUGUGAUGAAGGUGAAUGCAGUUCCAUCAGCAAUAUUUUACCAGAUACUAGCAGAUGAUUAUAACUACCUGCUCCCUUUUGUAUGUCUUUUGAAAAAUUGCAUGCAGUUAUGAAAACUUAAUGUAUCAAAUUUUUGCAUAUUUAUUAUGAAAACAAUACAUUAUGGCAUUACAUGAUCAUUACUGAAUGUUGGACCAAAUGAUAGGGAAGGGAAAUAAAAGUGCUUUGAUAAAACA